GGGGGGGGGUGCAUUUUUCGCCUUUCAUAAAUCUGUUUUGAACCUUGCGUUUGAAAAUCCAAAUGUUACAUGUCAAUAUCAAAAGGGCAGAUGGUAUUUAAGGUGGGCUUUAGGAGGCAAAGCUUAGCUUGUUAUGGAUACCGUGUAGCCCAAUGAUGCGCUGGUAAUUUACUGUAAUCGCGGAUAUCAUCUAAAGUACACGGAGACCGUCGAUAUUACCUAAUCUUUGAUCCCAAUACUGUAACCACUAUGGUGGAAUUAGACACAACAGUGCACUGAGCUCACCUCGCACACGCGUUCCACAGAAAAUAACGUGAACGACCGUCAAACAAAACGUCUGUCGAUUGGCCGGAGGGCAACAGUGCUCACCAAUUAGAACCCAAGAUACUCUUGCAGACGCGUUCGUGAAAGGCCAUUUUUAGAAACGUUUAGUGAACCCUAACCUCCGGCACAUCUACCUUCAAAAUAAUGGACUAAAUAUAAAUGUGAGCAAAAUAAGACGCCCAUACGUUCACGCAUAGCAUUGCGUACACAAAGCAAAGUGAAUUCGAUGUAUUUUACUUAUAUUAUUCGACUUUGAACCAGUAACGAGGGCGUGACGCAAACAUUUAACGGGGAAUAAGUCACGUCUUGAAACGCUUAGUUUUAUUUUGUUAGGUAGGGCAGGAUACGUCCGUUGUUAUCGCAAAUCGGACUUAACCUCGUUGUCAUUGACUAAAGCUGAAACGGCGCUUCCAGAGGUGGAGGCCGCAGUGAGUAAACCUGUGGCAUAUUGGCAGUGCUCGAAAUGAAAGGGGAACGAGUUGGCUUAUUUCCAAGAUGAGUUAAGUCUCAUAACUUCAUUGAAUAUUUGACUUAUUAUUAUUAUUAAUAAGUAAAAUAGUAUUUGUGGCAUCAAAAAGGCGCAAUAUGUGCACAUAGCACAUUUAAAGUGGGAAUUCUGCACUUAAUUGAACUCAAUUGGAAAUCUUCUUUUGAGUCACUGAAGUCUAUUUCGAAUUGAAUAUCGCGGAAGAUAAGAUCAAUGUAGCAGCACAAUACACGCUGCUAAAUGCAAAGGAGGCAUGACAUGAAAUCAUCAUAAUCAAGAUGAUUUUCUUCUCUUCUCUUCGAUACAAAAAUGCACCAUACGUUUUGAAUCGGACUUCAACACAAAAGAUGCACAAUAUUUGUUCUUAAAUUGCGUCUGGCCUUUGUACAAUGUGGGCGUGGCGACGGCUCAUAGGUCAGACGACUGCAGGGGGUGAGUGUUUUUGAAGGAUCUGGUGGCUGGACUUAUAUAAUGGGUGAUCUAUUUUGUCUUUCCUGAGGGGGUGCGAUCUUUCCCCCCAAUUGGAUUGUUUGCAUAUGAUGAUGACACAUAAUCCCACAUGUUCAGAAAUAUACUGUACCUGCAAUCGGUUUUUCCACAUGAUUCAACCUCCUGAUAUUGCACAAUUAUGUCACACCUAGGGGUUGCCUUGUGCUGUUGUCUGAACUUCAGUCAGACAUGGAAAAUGACAACGACCACAAGAGUUGCAGUGUACCUCCGAGACUGGCUCCUUUUGGAAGCGAGCUCACGGCCAAGAUGCAGCAGAUUAUAGAAGAACGGACACAAGUCAACAUGGUAAACGACCACACGUGGACGGCGAUUCUCAUUGGAGCUGUGACAGUUGUUUCCCUUGUGGGCGGUGUCGUGUUCCUUCUGUACAGAAGAUACAGGCUGUCAAAGGAGGAGGCGGGCGUCCCGCAUUAUCGCUUUCGGAAAAGAGACAAAGUUCUGUUCUACGGCCGAAAGAUCAUGAGAAAGGUCCAGACGCUGUCCUCUCCCACCACCUCCCCCAACUCUGCUUCCCGGCAGAGGGUGCGGAAAAGGACCAAAGUCCUGUCUAUUGCUCGCAAGAUCCUCCAAAUCCGGAGGGAGCCCCCCUCCUUGCAGCCUAAAGAACCCCCUCCCUGUCUGCUGGAGGCAGACUUGACAGAAUUUGAUGUGCAGAACUCCCACCUACCAUCUGAGGUGCUAUACAUGCUUAAAAAUGUCAGGGUGCUCGGACACUUUGAGAAGCCUCUCUUCCUCGAGCUUUGUCGUCACAUGGUGCUGCUCCAGCUGCAUCAGGGAGAGGCUCUGUUCCGUCCGGGUGAUACAGAUGACAGUAUUUACGUUGUUCAAGAUGGCCGCCUAGAGCUGUGCAUCCGUGAGAGUGACGGUACAGAUGCUUUGGUAAAGGAGGUUUUCCAAGGAGACAGUGUCCACAGUUUGCUCAGUAUCUUGGACAUCAUCACUGGCUACCCAGCGCCAUACAAGACGGUAACUGCUCGGGCUGCUGUCCCCUCCACUGUGCUGCGUCUUCCAGCAGCAGCAUUUCAGUCAGUCUUUGACAAAUAUCCUGAAACUCUGGUCCGUGUCAUUCAGAUCAUCAUGGUGCGUCUCCAGAGAGUGACCUUCCUUGCCUUACACAACUAUCUUGGCCUAACAACCGAGCUCUUCAACAUGGAUAGUCAAGCCAUCUCCUUGCUGUCAGUGGCUCAUGUUUUAGGAGAGAUUCAUCCGCACAGAGGUCUCCGCAGGCACCCUUCCCACUCUGAUGAGUUAGGGUCUGAAAAGGCAGACCCAGAAAAGACCAGCCUUUCUGAAAAUUCAAGCUCAAAAUACAAGAAAUCUUGCUUACCGUCCACACCAAUCGCUGUUACGGGUGAAAUGUCAAUGGAUCUCAACAGACUUCCGGAACGGGCUCGAAGUGCUCCCGAGGAGGCUGUGCUCGCUGGUCUAGAAAAGUCUAUUUUAAAGAAGACUGCGACACUGCAGCGGAGUCCUUCUGCGGUUUACCAUAACAGUGAGGCUGCUGCAGGAAAUGACCACCAUAAUAAAGUCAAUGCCAUUUUCCAAGCUGCCAAAAAGGACCUGCUGCAGGUCAUCCAACUCCAGGAUCCCAGUCUACUGGAGGGUAGGGUGACGUUUCGCCAGGUCAAAGCCAAUUCAGUCGUGGCCCAUCAAGGAGACCAGGAUGUGAGUGUGGCAUUUGUCAUCUCGGGUCUACUCCACGUUUACCAGCGCAUGAUUGACCGUGAGGAGGAGACACUGCUUUUUGUGACCCACCCAGGAGAGAUGGUGGGACACCUAGCUGUGCUCACAGGAGAACCUCUUAUCUUCACCACACGUGCCCACAAAGACUGCACCUUCCUCUCCAUAUCAAAGGCUCACUUUUAUGAAAUAAUGCGCAAGGAGCCCAGAAUGGUGUUGAAUGUAGCUCACACUGUUGUGAGGAGGGUGUCACCCUUUGUCAGGCAGAUUGACUUCGCCUUGGACUGGAUGGCUUUGGAGGCUGGCCGUGCUGUCUAUAGACAGGGAGACAAGUCCGACAGCACCUUUAUUGUCCUCAGUGGCCGCCUGCGCUCUGUCAUUGCAAAGGAUGAUGGGAAGAAGGAACUUGCAGGAGAGUAUGGUCGCGGGGACCUAAUUGGCGUGGUUGAGGCCUUGACUCACAUGAACCGAGCCACCACGGUCCACGCUGUGAGGGACUCUGAGCUGGCCAAAUUGCCUGAAGGAGCUCUCAACUCAAUUAAGAGGAGGUAUCCUCAAGUCGUCACUAGGCUGAUUCAUUUGCUGGGACAGAAGAUCUUGGGCAAUAUGCAGCAGGUCAAUGGACCCUUGACUGCUCGAAGUCUGGCCCUCCACACCCCCAACAAUAAGUGGGAUGCUGGGAAUCCUGCCUCCAACCUGUCCACUGUGGCUAUUCUGCCUGUGUCUGAUGAGAUUCCUCUCAUGGCCUUCACCUUGGAGCUGCAACAUGCACUGAGUGGUAUCGGGCCGACACUACUCCUGACAAGUGACAUCAUUAAACAGCGCCUGGGCUCCUCUGCUUUGGACAGUGUCCACGAGUACCGUCUGUCCAGCUGGCUCGGCCAGCAGGAAGACAUCCAUCGCAUUGUCCUCUAUCAAUCUGACUCCGGUCUUACUCCGUGGACGCAGCGCUGCAUCCGUCAGGCUGAUUGCAUCAUUAUUGUGGGGCUGGGUGAGCAGGAGCCCACAGUGGGAGAGUUGGAACGAAUGUUGGAGAGCAGUGCUGUUCGAGCCCAGAAACAAUUGGUGUUGCUGCACAGGGAGGAUGGUCCUCCACCCAAAGGCACAGCUGAGUGGCUGAACAUGCGGAGUUGGAUCACCAGACACCAUCACUUGUCCUGUCCUCGCAGAGUGUUCUCUCGGAGGAGUUUGCCUAAACUGAGAGAACUGUACCAACGUGUGUUUGAAAAGUGUCCAGAUCGUCACUCUGACUUCUCCCGCCUGGCCAGGAUUCUAACAGGAAACAGCAUCGCCGUUGUACUAGGUGGUGGAGGUGCCAGGGGUUGCUCCCAGGUUGGCAUCAUUCGGGCACUGAAUGAGGCAGGGAUCCCCGUGGACAUUGUGGGUGGUACCUCCAUCGGGUCCUUCAUGGGAGCGCUGUAUGCUGAGGAGAAAAGCAGCAGUCGAAUGAGGGUCCGGGCUCGUGAAUGGGCCAUGGAUAUGACAUCUCUCUUUAAGAAGAUUGUGGAUCUAACCUACCCUGUCACUUCCAUGUUUUCUGGGGCUUCCUUUAACUCUGGCAUUAGCUCUGUUUUCAAAGGCAAACAGAUCGAGGACCUGUGGCUGCCGUACUUCAACAUUACAACAGAUAUCACAGCUUCCUCCAUGAGAGUUCACACGGAUGGUUCACUGUGGCGUUAUGUCCGAGCCAGUAUGUCGCUGUCUGGUUACCUUCCCCCUCUCUGUGAUCCUAAAGAUGGACACCUGCUGAUGGAUGGGGGUUACAUUAACAAUCUCCCUGCUGACGUGGCUCGCUCCAUGGGGGCCAAAGUUGUGAUUGCUAUCGAUGUUGGAAGUCGUGAUGAAACCAACUUGACCAACUACGGUGACUCCCUGAAUGGGUGGUGGCUUCUGUGGAAGCGAUUCAACCCGCUAGCUGAGAAAGUCAAGGUCCUUAAUAUGGCAGAGAUCCAAACCAGGCUAGCUUACGUUUGUUGUGUCCGACAACUCGAAUUGGUUAAAGACAGUGAGUACUGUGAGUACAUCCGGCCUCCCAUCGACCGCUACGGCACACUAGAGUUUGGCAAGUUUGAUGAAAUUGCUGAGGUGGGAUACCAGCAUGGCAAGACACUGUUUGAUGUUUGGCGGCGCAGUAGUGUGGUGGACAGCAUGCUAAAAGACAGACAUCAGGAGGAGUUCCACAGGACCAAAAGUAGUCAUAUGGUCACAUGUCCAAAUGCCUCCUUCACUGACCUGGCGGAGAUUGUGUCACGGAUUGAGCCUGUCAAGACUUCAUUAAUUGAAGGCGAACUAUCCGAAGAAUAUCAGACAGACUACGAUGAGGAGGCUUUGGAAAGCCCUCUGUCUGACUUAGAAACAUUCAUGCCUGGUGGCGAACCCACAGAGGGGGAGGAGACCGUCGACACUGCUGAAACGGAUGAUGAACUCCAAGUCAGAACGCGACACGGGGCGACUCAUUCACAAGAAAGUCGGCUCUAACGUUCACCAAAACGUCAAAAGCGCCCGUCAGUACUGCUGCUCGUGAUCCACAAUACAUUUUCAGGACAGUACAGUAUUUCAUCGAGGAACUUCACCCCCACUUUCAUUUCUGACACACUGAUGAUCUUCAAAUGACCGUCCGUCUUCAGUAACUGUAGAAGAAUAGAUUGACUGAAUGGCACCUUUUACGACUGCAAAUGCACAGUUUUGAUUGCCGACGGAAACGAACCGGACUCUGUUUGCUGUUAUAUUUGUAUUUCUUUGUUCAAAUGUUAGUCGACAACUAUGAUUUGAAUUGAUGAUUGAACUCUUCGCAUGCCAUCCAGCUGUUAUGGUAAGCAUGGUCGACGUAUCGAGUAUGAUGGGCAGUGUCGCUUUUUGGAAAUAUUUCACACACGCCUCUGACUCAUGAAGUGCAUUUCACAGUGUUAUGGAAGAAAACUAUUGUGCAUCUAUGUUAAUACCGAUAGUACAGAAUACCUUCAGGUACUGAAGGAGACUCUCCUCUUUUCCAAUGUCCCUGUAUGUAAAAUAGACUGUUUCGUCGGCAUCUCAUCAAUGUUCACUCCCCUCCAAAAACAUCGGAACGGUGAGGCCAAUUCUUUUAUUUCUGCUGCGGACUGAAAGCAUUUGGGUUUGGCGUCUAAAGAGGAAUAUGAUAAGACAAGAGAUCGAGAGGUUUUGUUUCUGGGUAUUUCUGUGGGCAUCUGAGACAUACACUAACUUCGCCACAUGUUUUUGGGGUGAGCAAAAGUGUCGGAAGUUGGAACACACAGUUAAAAUCUUCUUUUACGUACUUUCAUCGAAGGCCACUUUCCGUUGUUUAUUCUCAGGGUUCACUCCCAUCAGUUGCCCCUUUUGCAGGUAAAAUGAAUUCUCUAUAGGGGUUAAGUCUGGUGCUUUCAUUAGCUAUGACCAAUGUUUUUGCAAUGGCUCUGAUUGAUUUUCCAUCGUUCCCUUUCACAAUUCCUUGUUUUCCACCUGUAGACAAUGCUGGUUACACCUCCAACUAGUAAAAAUGUAGUCUUCACAGGCAGAACUGAAGUCUGAAACUAAGCAUAGAGAUAUUUAGCACUACUUAUUGUUGAAAAACAUUACAUGUAAUCGGGCUCACCUUGCCAAAAAACACCCGACGAUCACAUAUUCCAAUUCUUUUGCGCACAAAAGAAAAAGUGCAAUCUUCUUGUGUUCUGUAUCAGAUCCAGAUGUGAAUACUGUAUUUGGAAAUAAAAGCUGAAAUGUUGA